AGGGAGCACUGGUUCUUUCCCUAUGAGGAGAUUGUAGACACUACAGGAAAUGGUUGAUAUUGACUCAGAGGUAGUGCAUGAGGAGCCUAAGCUGCAUUUAUUUUCCGCUAUUCCAUGUAUUUGGCACUUCUUUCCUGAGUGACAGGAAAUCAUGGUGUAUUUUUGGUGUAAAGAAGAAACUAGCAAUAUUUUUUACAAUUUUUAAUAGUCAGUGGUUGAACAGAGCCAUUGUCAAACACAGCUGGCUGUGCUUGUGAAGAUUUUUCUUGUAACAAUUACCAAUGUUGGAUUUUACACAGCAAUGUUUUUGAAGCAACUGUUAACCAACUGAUCAUAUCUUCUGCGUAGAAAUGACCGGAGCCUUGCUUACAGGACUCUUAUUUGUCUUGAUGAAGGCAGUAUGUGAUGGUGAGCCAACACAUGGUGGGCCAGAGACAAUAAAGAACCCCUAUGAGCAAGACAAGCUUCUAUAUCAAACCUCACAAUGGGUGCUGAAGUUGUUUAAUGACUCGCUGCCCUUUUCCAGAGCUGAGAGUUUCUGCAGAGGUCAGUUCAGCUCUCUUAUCACCCUGAAAGAGCUAAAGGAAAAUAAAGAAACUUUAGAGUUUCUUCAGCAGACCGGACUUCAUUCUCCAGUCUGGGUCAAAGAUUAUAACAGAGGAGCCUCCGAGGCAUUAGCUCUCUCAAGGCAGUAUAUGGAGUUCUCGGCUCUUAAUUUCCCGAAGGAGUCCCAUGAAGGCUUUGCUCGUGUUAACGUGUCCUUUCCCGCACUGUCCUCUGUCAGUGUGUGUGUUCGGGUUCAGUGGUACACAGAGUGGAGUGAUGCAUCCACUGUCUUCUCCUAUGCUGCACCUGUUCUGAACAAUGAAUUUCAGCUACGAGGCCAAGUUGACAUGAAGGGUCAUAUCCACCUGGCACUCAUAAUCCAUGGAAAGCAUUUUCCAUAUAAGGCAUCUUUUGCAAACGACGGAGCAUGGCAUCACAUCUGUGCAACUUGGAGCCGGAUCAGCAAUUACUGGGCUAUCUAUGUGGAUGGUGAAAAGAGAGACAUGGGCUAUGGUACAGAUAUGGACCGAGACAUUCACGGUGAUGGUAUAUUUAUUUUGGGCCAAGACCAAGAUUCUUUUGGAGGCAAUUUUACUGAGCCCUUUUUUGGGAAUAUCACUGACCUGAAUGUUUGGAACAUUUCUUUGGAAUCAAGACAUGUUCGGGCCUUAAAUUUAUGUUCAACCAUGAUAAAGGAAAAGUUUUUCAGUUGGAACCUCAGUCUUAUACACAACCAUGAUGUUGUGAAAGAGGUACAAGCCACUAUAUUCUGUCCAGCAAUACACCAGCAGAUGGAGCUACAGGGCUGCAGGACAUUUCAAGGAUGGUCAGAUCAGCUUCCUUCCUUGGACUGGACAGACUGCUCGGAUUUUCUACCUUUCAUCUGCAGGAGCAGCAGAGAGCGGCACCACAAGAUGGAGCAGAUCAGUAUGUCUCAGAGCAGCCAGCCCUCAGCCUUCAUGAACCAACUAAAGAAGCUUUCCAAUAAAAGCCAGUCUCAGCCGGUGCAGGAGCCAUCUGGACUGGAAACCCUGGCACAGGCUUCGACGCUGCUGAACAUCUCUGUUCAGGCCCUGGAAGACACCCAGCAGGAAGGACUGCAGCCAGCGGACAUGUUGACGCUCAUCCAACUGCUGGUGCUGACUGCUGACGUCUCAUCUGAGCCGACCGUCUGUGCUGAAAACAGCAGCUGUGACAACGUCCAGGAGCUCAGUCAGCACUUCAUCAGUGUAGCUGACAGCAUCAUCAGUGAAGAGAAUGCAGACAAGUGGCAGGCCAUAAAAGAGGUGGUAAACGGCCCUAUGGAUGUUGUGAAGAGCAUAGACAAGAUGGUGACCCAAUUGAGCCCAAGUUUGACAGCAGAGACUGACCAUGUGACCAUUCAGAGUCCAAAUAUCAAACUGGAGCUACAGCAGCAAAGGCUGGGUGAGGGAUCUAAGGUAGCGAGCUUCUGUGGGCCAGGGUCAGAGACACACUCUGUUCUGGACUGCAUUUCUGUUCCACAUCAGAAGAUACAGGAUCUAGAGAACAAUGGGUUCUAUAAGAUCACCUUGGUCAACACAUGGUAUGGCUCUCUGCGGCCUAUUUUCAAUCCAGAAGAGAACAUCACUAUGGAGCCUACAGUAACUGAUGGCAGCCAGAGGUAUCUGGGCACAGUCCUGGGCUCAUCUGUUAUAUCCACCACUGUUCUGGGAGAUGACCAGCCAGUAAGCAUGGCAGUUCACUUCCAGCUCCAACACAAACUACAGAACUCCAUUGAUGCUGUAUAUGAUCCAGUUUGUGCAUACUGGGAUUUUGACCUCACGCCAGAGGCUGGUGGGUGGUGGAAUACAAAAGGCUGUGAGGUUGUGUCUAAACAUUAUGGAUACACUGUGUGCUAUUGCAACCACACCACCAAUUUUGCCCUGCUGCUGCAGGUUUACGAAACUCAGAGGAGCGCAGAGAAUGAAAAAGCUCUGCAGGUGCUGACGUUCAUUGGCUGUGGAGUGUCUCUGUGUGGCCUCCUCUUCACCUUCAUCCUCUUCAUUGCUGUGGGAGUCCCCAAGUCAGACCGAACAACUGUUCAUAAGAACCUAAUAAUUGCUCUGGGCCUCGCUGAGCUGCUGCUGAUGUGUAGUGACUGGGCAACAGAGAACCAGGUAGCAUGUUUCAUGGUGACUGCUCUACUUCACCUGUCCUUUAUGGCAUCAUUCUGCUGGAUGCUGGUUGAGGGGCUUCUGCUCUGGAGCAAAGUGGUUUCUGUCAACAUCAGUGAAGACCGCAGGAUGAAGCUCUACUAUGUCAUAGGCUGGGGACUACCUGUUCUCAUAGUUGGACUAACAUUGGUGAUAUCAGGGGAAAAAUACAAGGCACAUGACCACUGCUGGCUAAGUGUAAAAACUGACACUAUCUGGGCCUUUGUGGGACCUGUCAUAUUUGUCUUGACGGUCAAUGCAGUUGUGCUGUGCCGUGUUGUCAUGGUGACCAUUUCCAGCGCUCAUCGGCGUGCUAAGAUGCUCAGUCCAAGCUUUGCAUCAAAAAUGCAGACCUUCGAUCUCACCUGGGCUGUGACCCGUCCUGUUCUUAUCCUGCUACCUGUCCUGGGUCUGACAUGGAUAUGUGGAGUACUGGUGCACCUGUCUGUGGUUCUCAGCUACAUCUUCAUCAUCCUCAAUUCUUUACAGGGCCUGUAUAUCUUCAUAGUGUAUGCUGUUUACAACAGUGAGGUGAGAAAUGCCAUAAAGAGGAUCAAAGAGAAAAGAAAGGCUCUGUCUUUCACGAACUGCUCUCAGCCUACCAGCUUCCUUCCCUCCCAGAGGGCUCCAAUAACCCCUUGGAGUCGGAGUCCCCCAACCUCCUCCAGCCCAGAAACAAGUGAGACCUCUGGACCAUUUAGCUCUGCCUCCACAUCACUGGUCAUCAAAAAUGUUUCAGCGGUCUAACGGCAGUGGGGAAGGAGCUGUUUUGGAAUC